UCAAUUGUUGGUUUAUUUGGUUCACUGACUUUUUCAGAAGUGUCUCUUUUAUAGACAAAAGUCAGUGGAUACUGAUCAAAACAUAGAGUUACUUCUCAUUGCAAACAAAAACAUAGAGAGGAAGAGUUUAUUAGAAACAUGGGUAUUCAAGCUCUAUGGAUUGCUGUAAUUUUUUUUUUGUUGAUCAUUCAAACCCAAGCAACAAAGAAUUGGCAUGACACAAUACCAUCCAAACCAACGGAGGUUUUCGGUAAAGAGAAGGUAACAAAGCUGCACUUUUACUUUCAUGACACAAUAAGUGGAAACAAUCCGACUGGGGUGGUGGUUGCUAGAGCUAAUACAACAGCUCAAUCUCCGACGGCGUUUGGCUUGUUGGCAAUUAUAGACGAUCCAUUAACAGAAGGACCUGAAAUCACUUCGAAACGUAUUGGUCAAGCUCAAGGUCUAGUUGGGUUUGCAUCACAGGAAGAAUUUGCUUCACUCAUGGCACUUAUUUAUGUCUUCACGGAUGGUAAGCUCAAUGGGAGUACAAUUAAUAUUGUCACUAGGAACCCCAUUAUGAACCCAGUUCGUGAGUUUGCUGUCGUUGGUGGAACCGGAGUGUUCAGAUUUGCUCGUGGAUUUGCAAAUGUUAAGACAUUUUGGGUUAAUGUCACCUCUGGAGAUGCUAUUGUCGAAUACAAUGUAACCAUUAUUCACUAUUAGCGAACAAUAGGAGUCAUCCCGGUUAAUACAAUGUAUUUAAUUGUUUUCUAAUUAAUCUUGUGUGAGCGCUUUCAUAAUCAUCUCAAUUGUGGAAAACAUAAUAAAAAUUGUAUUUCAAGUAAAGUAAUUAUAUGCUAAUAGUCCAAAAA